AUGCAGCUCUGCCUCUGGUCUCUUCUCGUAGGCACUUGUUUGGCUGUCCCGAUCCAAGAAUGGGGACAACAUCCUAUCAAGACUACGGAGCGAAAUGGCCCUUACAACCCGAAGAAUAGAGAUCCCUAUGAUCACAAGGUGGAUUCCUAUGCCAACGAUUGGCAGCCACUUCCCUGGCGAAAUGGCGAUGGUGCUACCGUGAUGGGACCCCGAAACAAGGACCGAGAGAGGCAGAAUCCCGAUAUGGUUCGCCCUCCCAGCACGGAUCAUGGAAACAUGCCGAAUAUGCGAUGGAGCUUUGCUGACUCCCAUAUUCGAAUCGAGGAAGGAGGAUGGACUCGUCAAACCACAGUGAGAGAACUUGGGGCUAGCAAAGAGAUCGCCGGUGUCAACAUGAGACUCGACUACGGAGUCAUUCGGGAGCUGCACUGGCACAAGGAAGCAGAAUGGGCAUACGUUCUGGAAGGCGAGGUCCGCGUUACAGCCCUCGACACUGAGGGCGGCAACUUCAUCGACGAUCUGAAGAAGGGUGAUUUAUGGUACUUCCCUCCUGGACAUCCUCACUCGCUACAAGGCCUCAGUCCCAAUGGCACGGAAUUCUUAUUGGCAGUUCUGGGAGAGAAUUUCCGCAUAUCUCCUGAAGUGUUCAAGACCAUUCCCAAGUCGGACAAAUAUAUCUUCCAAGGGUCCCUACCAGGAUCCAUUGACGAGGAGAAGCCCGAAGGCACUCAUGUCAAGAAAUCGAAAUUCCAAUUCACCCACAAGAUGCUGGAUCAAGAGCCCAUGAACACGACUGGGGGCCUUGUUCGAAUCACUGACUCGACCAACUUCCCCAUCUCCAAGACAAUUGCGGCAGCCCAUCUUGACAUUGCACCUGGAGCCAUGCGUGAAAUGCACUGGCAUCCCAAUGCCGACGAGUGGUCAUUCUUCAUCAGUGGACGCGCCCGGAUCACCAUCUUCGGUGCAGAAGGUACUGCCAGAACCUUUGACUAUACGGCUGGAGAUGUCGGAGUGGUCCCGAGAAAUAUGGGUCACUUCAUUGAAAACCUGAGUGAUGAUGAACCGGUCGAAGUCCUUGAAAUUUUCCGGGCCGAUAAGUUCCAGGACUUUUCCCUCUUCCAGUGGCUGGGAGAAACCCCCAGGAAAAUGGUUGCGGAUCAUAUUUUUGCCAACGACAAGGAGGGCGCUGAGAGGUUCUUGACGGAGAUUCACAAUGCCGAGUAUGACCCCAUCAGGUCCAAGACUGAGGAUUCUUAA